ACGGCUAUCUACCGGCUGUCAUCGCGAGCCAUGGAGGACACGGGGUGGCAAAGCAGGCUUUGCCUGCAGCUGUGUGCGCCCCCCAUUCCUCGGCUUUUUUUCCGCCGGACAGCAUGGACCACUGAGCAGCUUGCGCUGCUUGAGAAGCAGGCUUGGCUAUGCUUUUUGUUAGGUUUCUUUCGCUCGUAUUUGAACUCAAACUUCUUCCUGGGAGAUUUCAUGGGCGGAGGUACCGACCUCUUUGCCGCCCUUUUGGCCAUCUUCGGGAUCUACAACGUUUGCUCCAUGAACGGUUCUUUCCUCAUCAUGUUCCUGGUCUGGGCGUCCGCCAACAUUGUCCUCUUUAAUUUGUUUUUGUCCUUGACCCCGAACCUGCUCUAUGGCGGAGCGUUCAAGGUGGCGCCCUGUGCGUCCACCGUGGACAACUUGCUGAUGGUCUUCAACUCCAUUCUUCAGGCGCAGAUGUGUUGGCGGGCGAGGCAGAUAUUAGAUGAGGCUUUGCCCAACUGGCGACACCAGAUGACCGGCACCGGCCGACCGACGGACGCCGGCGCAGAGGAGUCGUCUGAGCUAACCCGGAAGGGUGCCGAAUGCCAGUUUGCCAUCGGCAAACUACUGUAGCUUAAUUAAGUGGAUCUGAAGCGGAUGUCAGCCACCAGACGUUCAGACCGAUACAUCUGAUACCCUGCUGAAGAUGCCCUGGUGAUGUCCAAGAUGCCCUGGGGAUGUCUUUGUUUAAACUGGUGACGCCUCAGAGGUUCACUGCCUUCACACAUGUUUUCAAGCGGUUCCAUCCGGGACUCCCAGAUUGAAUUGCAGAAAGGUCCACGAGAUUUCCUCAUUCCAUUGGCCUAGAUUCAUCGCAGCAAGACUCCUACGAAAGAGCAAGUUCCAUGUGGUUGUGAGGAUUCAUUUGUUUCCCGGCUAUAUCAGUCUACACUCCUUGAAACAAUCAUGGAA